AUGUUUCCAAUACAGAAUCGUCGAAGCAGUGACCAGGUAUUUUUACUGACGGGGGAUUCGCCGACGAUUGAGCAGCUCGUGGCGAAUGCCCGCGAGGCGUCUUGGGAGGAGCCGGUGAGUGCUGCGACAACGGAGAAAGAGAUUACCGAUUAUCGGCUGCACAUUGUGGACCUGCCUGCCACUCGAGAUGGGGAGAAUUCACCACCCGACGUGCUCGGCAAGUUGGUCGCCGGCAUCGAGUACCUACGGACACUCGCACCCAUGGUCUGCGACCUACGCAGCUUGCGGAGACUUAUCCAAAACGAAACCAGGACCAAGUGGCGACCCAAACGCAAGGAGACCAAACAUGGAGGAGACCUCAAGCAAGGAGGAGACAUCAAACAGGGAGGAGAUCUGAAACAGGGGGGCGAGACCAAAACGGCCGAGCUCAAGCUCUCCACCAUCAACCUGCCGGUGCUCGAGCAGCUGGUCAGGCUCGGACCUGUCACCACGUCCCGUUUACUCUGCGAAUGGCCCACGCUGGUCGUAUCCGUCGCUACGGGCCAAAAUGAUCUCGGCGGUAUCGACGAGGAAGGCCCGGGUGUUUUGAGCAAAGUGCUCCCGCUAGACGCCGUUCACGACGUGCUCUUCCUCGCCAAAAGGUUCCGGACCGAACUAGACGACUUGUUGAGAGACAACCACCACGAAAACCAUCAUGACUUUAGUAUGUUCUCCGCCCUCUAUGUCUGGCAGCUCAUCUCUCAACACACUGAGUGGGCACCCUUCUACCUCAAGGAGAACAACGACGAGAACGACGACGAUGCUGUGACAAUAGGAAAGGGUAAAGACACUCCCAUCGUCAGAAUACACUCCGGUGGUCAUCACUCCGGUGGUCAUCACUCCCGUGGUCAGCACACCCGUGACCAUGAACAACCGUGA